UCAGAUCCAGUUCAAGCCUUACAAUUUGCUAGUGCUGAGAGACAAUGGAAUCCCUAUACCACACCCUACCCAACAAUACAGGGAUCAACAUUUCCACAUAUUAACUAUUCAGUUGAUGAUGUUUUAGCAGGAAACUCCCAUCAUUCUUGCUCCAAUUCAAUCCAUUUAACAACAGGCCUUUCUGAACGAGGGGCAGGAGGCUCUUUGAACCACCAGAACAGUGCUCUUGCACUAAAGACAGACACUAUAUUAGUGUCUCGCUAUAACAACGCCGUGGCCGCUGCAACUGACUUGUGCCUAUCUAACAGACUAUCCGAACUGCGACAAGGAUUAGGCGGGAUUAGUAACCAACAAUCUCUCAACUCUUCGGCGGCAAUGCUGUCAGCAAGUAAUGGAGCCUCUUGCUUAUCGGGAAGCCACGGAGGAUACGGACUCCUCACAUCUCACAGUUGCUAUGGAAACACAAAUGGUGGAAGUGCUGCUACUGGAAUGUAUCUCGGUACUCCAAUUGUCCCCCCGUCUCUCCUCUAUCCCCAGCUUUACUCUGGUGUCUCUCAGUCUCAGCUUCACCCGUCUAUUCACUUACUGAGCAACGAGCUCCGAUCAGCCGUGGAUACUGCUCAACCGCAAAGAAUCGCAGGAUUAAACAACAUGGCCGCCUCUCGAGCCAACAGUGGCUCCGUGGAUGGUGAGAUCGAACCAGAAACUAGAAACAGCGACAACAGACAGCCACAUCACGUGACUUCAACAGCAAGCGAAAAUACCUUGUUUGGGAUUACUAAUGGACAUAGUGACCCCGCGUUAUGGAGACCGUAUUGAUGUAUCCCAAACUAUUCGAAUAUGUAAAAAACAAUGUUGUCAGUUUUGGAGAUUCCAUCAACGAUUGUAAAGCUUUCUUAUGAAGCUUAACGUAUCUUCUUAUCGCAGGACGUUUUUGUAUUGUGAGUGUUUUAAGGUUUAUGAUAAACAGUGGAACAUUCGGAUGUGCCAUGUGUAGAACUAUAAUACGAAACAGAACACUAUCUAAUGUUAGUUCAUUUUGUAAGCCAGCCAACUCUUAACAGUAAGUUAGUUUCUUUUUGACGUCUUUAUUUUACGUUAUGUCUAUAAAGAUCAUCUCUGUCAUGAAACAGGUUAAACACGCGUUUCUUUUUGGUCAGCAUUUUGAAAGUAACGUAUAUCAUGUAAAUAGCCUCAUAAGUUUGUUGUGACCAAUAAAUGGAAAGUUGAUAUUACUGUAU